CUCGUAUAUUUAAAUGACUAGUAGAUAUCGUGAAAGAAAAUAUAAUACUUCUGAUAAUGAUCGUUUAUUAAGAGCAUUGUCACAACCUGUUCAAGCAUGGGAUAAAAAAUGGACACAGCAUUCAAAUUCAAAGAAUCUUCAGACAUUCAAAUGGAUGAAGUCUGACAGAGUUAUAGAAUUUGAAGAGGAUGAAGAUGAAAUUGAGCGAGAAUCAAUGGAGGUUGAACAAACACCUGCUAAAGACAUAAUAAUAGACACAGAAGUAAAAGACGAGCAAAUAGCUACUAAUAAAACUACAAGUGAAACAAGUAGUACUCCUGAUAAAACUAAUGAAACUAAUGCUAAACACGAAAAUGUUGGUGAUAAACAGCCAGAUUCACUUUCAUCUAAUCUAUUAAAAGACACUAUUCCUGGAGGACCAAGUAGUUUAAUUUUAACAAAUAAAGUUGUCUCUUCAGUACAACAGCAAGAUGAUGACGAUGAUGAUGAACAGAGAUCUCAAACGCCUAAUUUAGAUGAUAUUUCGGAUGUUGAAGAUCCUAAUGCUAACAAUGAUGACAGUAAUGAUGUAGAUAGUGUCAAUGAUCCAUCAAAGCAUCCGGCAUUAGCUCCUCAUGCACAACCUCAUUUAACUGAUGAUGACAUGACAGAUUCAGCAGCUGCUACACCACAAACAACAACUGAUAGUAACACACCAAUGACAAUAUUAGGAGAUGACACUAUGCCCGAAACAAAUAAUAAUAAUAAUCAACAUAUCCAGACUGGUCCUCAUCCAUUAAGUCAAGAAAUUCUUACAGGUGCAACUGCUUUUAUAAAUAAUGCAGAUGUCAAUCCUUUAAAUAAUACUUUAACCGAUGUUCAAGCACCAGAAGAUAAUGUUACUACACAUCAACCACUUGAGACUAUGGAAGAAUAAUUUAUAGAUUAUAUUCUUUUUUUUUUAAAAAAAAAAAUAUGUUAAUAAACUAAUUUCAGAUAAAUUAUGAAAUACGCGACUUUAAA